GCUGCACUCAAAUGUUGCUCACGAUCCUCAACGGCGAGGGCCUUGCGGCUGGCGACAGCGACGGCUUCAGCGAUCCCUUCGUCCGCGUGCUCUACGAGGGAAAGGAGGUCGCGCGGACCAGCCACUGCAAGAAGACUCUCAACCCCGAGUGGAACGCGCAGAUCCUGCUGCCGCUCUCCGAGUCGUGGGACCUUGCUGUCGCGUUCAUCGAGUGCGAAGUCUGGGACAAGGACGAGCUGGCGACCAAGGAUUUUCUCGCAUCGUGCCGCAUUUGCCUCAGCGCCAUCCAAGACACGCCCGAGCCGACCAUCGUCAAGUGCAAACUCGUCAAAGGGCCGAUGCCUCUGGGCCACAUCCUCGUGCAGCUUGCCCUCGCGGAUGACGAGCGCGUGCUCCUCAACAAGGCCCGGCGCACGGACGCCCGCGACGUCUUUCCGCCGCACAACGCGCGCUUCCAGCAUCUCUACGCGCCAAUUCCGCGCAAGUGGCAUCCGCUCCACGAGAGCGUCUUGCCGUCGAACGAGAAGAUCGUGUAUGUGGUCGAAGAGGUCGCGCUAACAUUCCAUGUGACUGAGAUGAACCAAGGCGUCUUGGCGCUCAUGGUGCUCUCGACGUUCCGGCUGUGGUUCAUCCCGUACCACCCGGUCCAAGGCUUAUCGCACGAAGACGUGCACACGAUUCCGAUUGGGAAGAUCUACAAGGCGUCGCUCUCCCAGAGCAAGCGCAACUACAGCACUGUGCACGGCCUCGUGAUCGAAAACAUGGAUGCGGCGUACUACCACGUGUCGCUCUCAGCCUCGGCGCGGUACGGCGAAGGCGACAAGGACAUGGAGGCCAAGCGCAUCAAGACGCUGGGCCAGAUCGUCACCGAGAUCGAGUGGCUCCAAGCGGAAAACAACUUUUGCGCUUUCACGGACCUCAACCAUACCAUCCUCUCCCACGACGCAGACGGUGUCGCGUGCCCUAUGAGCCCGCGUCAGCAUCUGCUCAGCGACUCGACGCAGCGUUCGAGCUACUCGGCAGACGUUCGCGGCACGAUGCUAAGCCCGACGGGCUCGGCCAUCUCGGGGCGCCGACGCAUUCGGUACGUGCCGAGUGUCGAGUUUGGCCGCAUUGGCGCGACGAGUCACCCGGCGUGGCGCGAGACGGAGCUCAAUGCGUCGUACGAGCUCUGCCCGACGUACCCAAGCACCCUCUUUGUGCCAACGUCCAUGUCGGACGAUGCACUGACCGAGGCGGCCAAGUUCCGCUCCAAGCGCCGCCUCCCCGUGUUAACGUGGCUGCACCCGCGCACGGGCGCGCCGCUGUGCCGGUCCAGCCAGCCAAAGUCGGGCGUCCUGCGCAUGAACAACAAGGAAGACCGCGAGCUCAUGUGGGCGAUCCGCGACGCUGCGUAUGCUCCGACGGACGACCUUGGGCGCCCAAAAGCGUCGGCCGUCGUGCACAUCGUCGACGCGCGUCCGGAAAUCAACGCCAAGAGCAAUGCACUCGCAGGCAAAGGCCACGAGUCGGCCAAGCAUUACGACCGGGACGGCGUUGCCUGUGCUUCGAUUGCGUUUAUGGGCAUCGACAACAUCCACGUCGUGCGCACGUCGUUCAACGUGCUCAGUCAAGCCUUGUACCAAGUCGACGACACGACGUUCUUUAGCACGCUCCAAAAAAGCCGGUGGCUCGAGCAUAUUACGAGCAUUCUCCAAGGCGCGACCGAGGUGGCGUCGCACCUCGAGCGUGGCGACGCAGUCCUCGUCCACUGCAGCGACGGCUGGGACCGCACGUCGCAGCUCAGCGCCCUUGCGCAAAUCAUGCUCGACCCGUACUACCGGACGCUCGAGGGCUUUGCGAUCCUCGUUGAAAAGGACUGGUGCAGCUUUGGGCACAUGUUUGCCAAGCGCUGUGCGUUCCCCACGUCGGACGACACGUCGCCGGUUUUUCUCCAGUUUCUCGAUGCGGUCUACCAGCUCACGCUCCAGUUCCCGACGCACUUUCAAUUCAACGAGAUGUUUCUGGCUACGGUCGCGGACGCCGUCUACACCUCUUGGUUUGGCACGUUCCAGAAAAACUCGGAGAAGGAGCGCCGCGCGUUCUUGGACACCGUGGCGACUGUGAGCGUGUGGGACGCGGUGCGUGCGUCUACUGAGAGCUACCUCAACCCGCUCUUCAACUCGGAGCGUCACGAUCCAAUGAUUCCUGUGAGCAAGGUCCGCCUCAUGCAGCUCUGGACGAGCCAGUACCAGAAGGCCAUUAGUCACAUGCGACUCCAGCAGCGUGAAAUGGAGAUGCUCGCGAUGAUCCGGACGCAGGAUCACCAGCUCUCGCGCUUGACAGGCAUGCUCUCGUCGGAACAGACGAUGAGCUUGCGCAUCUUGCAGCUGCGCAACGAGAUCCAGCAGCUCCACCGCCUCAUUUCCAUCUCGAAAGAGAUCCCAGAGAGCAUCUCCCUGCCGGGCAACCCGGCCGCCAAGACGUCGAUCUUGCUACGUCGCGUGAGCAGCGCUCUGAGUCCAACGGCCGCCAGCGGCAACACUGUGCCACUAACGUCGUCGUCCUCGUCGUCCUCGUCCGUCUCGUUCGACCUGCCCACGGGUCGCGCCCGAAGCAACAGUCUCAAGAAGCGCCAUAGCUUUGCCAACUUGCUCGGAAAAGCACCGUCGACCAUCAGCGACUCUGGGAUCUCGUCCCUCAAGAGUGAGGUUCAGGAGCUUGAACGCCAACUCGACGACCUCCAGCUACUCGCGCGCAGCAUGGACGAUGCCGCACACCGCCGCAUGCAAACGCUUCGCUUUGAAACAUUCAACACGCCGUGUGAGAUCGUGUCGGUGAAUGACGACGCCGAGCCGAUGGUGUCGCCCAUGGUGCUCUCGCCGCCGCUCUCGGUGACGAACCGUGCGACAAUGACGUCCGCGCACCUCGUCAACACGUCGUCCAACACGACGCGGCGCGUCGCCCUCCUUGCAAUGACCGACUUUGGCACGCACCGGAGCCUCUCGGGCGUCAACGGACGCAACGCGCGUGCGGCGUCAUCGCCGGCGUUUGCCAACUCGCCGAGCGUCAUGGCGCGGCCGACGAUCACGAGCUUCAACUCGCAGCCCGUGUGGGAGCUCGAUAGUGACGCCGCGGCCUGCAAACGCUGCAAGAAAAAGUUCAUCGCGGUCUACCGCAGCCGGCACCACUGCCGGUGCUGCGGCUACGUCUUUUGCGGCCGUUGCACGAACCAGCGCAUGCAGCUGCCCGAAUUUGGCUACUACGAAAUGGUGCGAGUCUGUCGGCUCUGCUACACGACGGGCAGUGACCCGUAGAGGCCCGCUUGUUGAAGUGCCUGUACGAUACGGGUAUGCACGAAGAGGAAUUUGUUUUUGGUCUUGAG